GUUUGACUGCAUACAGGGGGUUCUAUCAGUAACUAAGGCUUGCAGAGAAGGGCCUGACCCUUAAUCUUGAAGGACGGUCUACAAGUGACAGCACAACGACCAACGCAAGGGCAAGGCGACAAGGUUCUGAACGGUUAACAACAAGAAGGCAUAUAAGCUGGAGGAGAGGGGGAGUCAUUGUACAGACAAACGAUGCCGUGAAGGCAGCAAGGAGCACAGCACUGGGAGAAAAAUCAACUUCUGUUCGGCUUGGCUGCAGUGCAACUGUGAGCUUACUCUAACACACACAACUUCCAAGAAACUUUCCAUCAGUGGGACAGGGGAUUGUAUGUAUAUUGCUUGAUUGUUCUACCCCUGUUCCCACUCUCCCUACCCCCCUGUAUUCUGUGAGCACCGGCACCUCUCAAGUACCGCAUCAGUUCAGACUGAUGUCGAUGGAACAGGAAACCGGGGCACUGCCACGGCGCAGUGCCAGGAUCGCAGUUCGUGCCCGCCCUGCGGUACCUCCAAGACCCAAGAGAUUCAGCAGACGGACGACUCCAGCGGCAUCAAGUACGGCAUUGACWGUACAAGACACCACCGGRGAUCUUCCCGCAUGCCCGGUCCGAGAGGCCAGCGAGCCUUUGGCUGACUAUCGUGGGCCACAGGCAUUUACAGACGCCGUAGCCGCCGCCGAGGCUCAGCAGGCUGCGGCAGAGGCAGAACGUCAGCGGCUGGCCAAUGAGGCGGCAGCCGAAGCUCAGCGGACAGCUGAGACUGACGAAGCGGCACGAAACAGACGGAAUGCCGCCAGCACGGAGUCCCUGAUUGCUAGUGAGCAUCAGUGGACAACGAUACUCCAAGACAUGAUCUUUGUGCCUACGGAAACGCAGGCGGAGCCGACACAGGCGGAGGCAGAGAGAAGUAACCUGGCUACCGUGACGUUGAACGUAAUGAGGGGAGUAAUGUGGAACAACAAACUACUGCAGGCACACCUGCACGCGGAACGACAGCAAAGACAGCAGUACCAGCAAGACCUGGCUGCUGUAACGGCCGGCGUCCGCGACGCAGCAAUGCAGCAGCAGCAACAGCAACAGCUGAUGAACUCUACCAUCGCACGCAUCAACGGCAUUGAGGCCAAGGCCUCAGCAGCGCCAGGCUGCACGACGGACGCGACGAAGCAAAUCAACGAACGCAUCGAUCACGUCGUCACCAUCAUCGGCGACAUAGGUGUUUUCAACGGACCGGACACGAUCAGCAGCACGGUGGCCGCCAUCAAGACGGACAUCACCAAGCUACAGACGAGACCGGACGUCGCUACAAAGACGUUCAAGAUGCCGCRCUUCGACAUCUGCAAGUUCGACGACUACAACAAGUCGGACGCUUUGACAUGGUGGCAACGUUUCCUCAUGGAAGCGUCAUGUCGCACUGUCCCGGCGAACGACAUGUUGAAGGCACUCUAUUUGCAACUGAUUGGAGGAGCGCARGCAUGGAUGAACCACCUGGCGGCCACCCACAAGUGCACCAUSGCCGAACUCCACACGCACAUCACGUGGAAGGAGUUCGAGCAGCUAUGGUUCACCCGGUUCAUGGUCCGCAACGUCGUGAAGGCGGCCAUGAAUGAGGUGUACACAUGCUCUCAGGGGAACAUGCCAACUCGAGACUGGACAACGAAGUGGCAAAAGAUAGUGACCACACCAGGCUUCGACUUGACUGACACCGUUGCACCAGAGGCAGUAUCCGUACUUUUGACGAAGGUCAUAGACAUAGACGUCCCUUGCUCUCCCGCUUCUGUCCGGAAGUACCGGGACUUGCUGAUCAAAGCCCGCGCAAAUAUGCAAAAGGCUCAGAUCCGCAUGCAGCAGCAAGCUAACCGACGUCGACUUCCAUGUCCUUUCCGCGAGGGAGACCGUGUUUGGGUCCUCUCCGAGGAAUUUGCGCUCGAGCAGGAUGUUUCGCGCAAACUCCUUCCGAAAUGGUUCGGACCAUGGGAAGUCACUUCUGCCGUUGGAGACGACCCCGCGGGUCCUUCCUUCGUGAUCAACAUUCCACCGCACCUGACAGUGCAUCGGGUCUUCCACGCAUCGAAGCUGGCCACCUACACGCCACCUUCAGCUGACGAGUUCCCCGGACGUCGAUCACAGGAUCCGCCUUCUAUGGACGGACAUCAGGAAGUUGACCGAGUCAUCACGCACCGCAAGUAUGGCAACAAGCCAAGGCAGUACAAGUCACAUUCAAGCAAUGUGCGCCUGAUGACACUCGGUGGAUCUCCAGUACAGAUUUGCAGACUUCUGCACCCCUCAUCUUUGCCGACUAUGAGAAGCGACGCCUUGCUAAGGACGCAGCUCGUCCCGCCCGACCCACCCCGGUAUCGGACAGACAACUUCGCCCUCGCAGCGCCAGAGCACUGUUUUGAUGCGCUAAGUUUAGCGCAGGAGCGAGCAAGGAGCAGCAGCGGCAGCGCAGCAUUAGCGCAGCGGCAAGCGGAGCAGCAGCGGCAGCGCAGCAUUAGCGCAGCGGCAAGCGGAGCAGCAGCAGGGCGACUGAGCCAGCACGGCGGCCAUUGCCGCCUGAGGCACAAUGGUUUGUGGAUCCAUGCAAUUGAAUUGUUGCACCCCGAGGUUUGCAAUGACAUGUUGACCAUUCACUGCAUUGAAUUGUAUGAUGAGUUGGCGAAGAGGAAAGAGCUGCGUUUGAAUGAUUUCUAUUACGAUAAUGUUGAUGACAAGGCACAAUGGUUUGUGGAUCCUAGUGUCGCCACUGCUGUUGACAAUUGCGACAACUCUGACCCCAGAAGGGAUCCCAGGUGGGGAUGGGUACCACACAACAUCCCACAAAGGACUGGAUGUGUUAUAACGCACUGUCGAGACCUCAUGGGGAACAUCUGGCUUGUCACUUACACGAAUGGAAGCAUAUGUUACAGGGAGCUAAACGAGAAGGUCGGUUUUCAUGAGUGUAAUAAAGAAUAUGAUGAUGGCAGAUUGAAACAUGCAGAGAGUGUUCCGAUUUGCAACCCUGUUGCUAUUGAGAUCAACGAUGGUGACAUGCUAUUGAAAGACGGUAGUGUGUUACUCACGGACAAGACAGGGAGCAAGAGCAGGUGGGAGAACGCAUGGGAACCAAUAUGGGACCCUCAUGUAGUGAAGGAAAUAAAUAUCCAGAAGUUUGAUGUAAAGCAUACGUUAGUGGAUGAGACGGAGGUUCUAGAUGUGAGGAGUGCAGACGAGUACGGGUAUCGCAUCAAUUGGAUAAAAGGAGUUCUGCAACCAGGGUUAUGGGAAGGGAAAGCCACAAUGGCUGCAAAAUUUUCCUUGGUUGGCUCAUCGGAGCACUGGCUCCCUAUGGGCUCCUUGAAGGAGGGCGUGGUUAGACAUUGGCAAUUCAUGGUAAUUGUUGCUCGGGUUUGGCUGAUGAAUGUUCAUGUGGAUAACAAAGCACAAGUGCGCAGACAUGCAGAGUACUGUAGGAAUCGUAUCCCCGAGAACGAUCUUCAGAUGGUCAUCACUGGGUACGACUCCUACCCUGAUCAAGAUAUGUGGCACGUUGAAAACAGUACUAGCUGUGUGACAAAUGAUGAUGCUGAUCGUUCCGAUUUCAUGCUGGAUCUACGCAAACGCUUCCCAUGCCUUGGUCUGUUGGGUUGGGUUCCUGUUGUAUGGCCCGAAAAGAACAUUGAUGGAACACCGCUUCAUGUUAUUUUCAAUGACCCUUUGGGCGUGCCAUUCCUUCUUACAUAUGAGGAGGGGCUUUUACAAGACUGUCGGUACUCAUCCACCACUGACUUUUGCACAGAGUUGGAAAAUGGGACGGGGAAGACAUUGCGACAAGCAGGCUCUAAUUGCAAUGUCAGUAGAUUGGGCAAAGAGGACAAACACAAAGGUGGGGAUGAGGGUGAAGGCAAAAGAGAGGGCGAAAAGAAGAACGGUGAAAAUGAGAAAGUUAAUGGCCCAAGAAGUGGAGAUGACGAAGAAAUGUCACAUGUGGGCACCAAGAGAGAGGCCACGAGAAUGGUGAAGGUGAGAAUGCUGAUGGACGAAGAAAUGACAAGAAAGGGGGAAACAUCACAGGUGAGCAUGACGAGGGAGACAAAUGUGAAUAUGAAGAUGACAAUGACAAUGUUGAGCAUGAGGAUGUGGGUGCAAGGCGUGGUAAGACUGUCCGAAAGGAAGGGGGGAACACAACACCAGUGGGGGAGCAUGAGGCGAGAGGCCAAGAGAAUGGUGAACAUGGGAAUGAUGAUGGUCGAAGAAAUGAGGAAAAAAUGGGAAACAUCACAGGCGAGCAUGAGGAGGCAGGUGGAUGCGGAGAUAAAGAUGAACAUGGCAAUAUUGAGCAUGAGGAUGUGGGUGCAAGAAGUGGCAAGUCUGCCCGAAGGGGAAGGGGGGAUACAGCAUCAGGCCUCAAAUGAGAAUGUAAAUGAGGAUCAUUGUCUCAACAUUGUCGACAAUUUCAAUCGUCAAAAUGACGAUAUUAACAAUGAUGAAGAGAUUGAUAACGACGAAGAUGAUUAUGAAGAUGGUGACAAUGUUGGUGACGAUCCUUUACCUGAUAAUGAUAAUGACGACGACGAUUAUGAUGAAGAUGAUGAUGAUGAUGAUGACGAUGACGAUGACGAUGACGAUGAUGACACAGAUGAGGUCAAUGGCGGUGAUGGAAAAAAAGGGAGAUCGUUGAAGAAAGGUGAACAAAAGGACAAGGGUUGGUGCAUUUCGAUUUUACAAUUGGCACGUGAGUUUGAAUACCCGCACGUCACCUUGCGUGUGGUGCAUCGGGAUGCAACGCCAAGUGGGUCUUUCCAGCAAGUGGCAAUCUCUGCUUUGUCUUCAAGUUGCAAACAUGGGAAACAAUUUCGCGGUGGUGGGAAGUCUUGGUUCGUGCUUGUAAACCGUGAAGUUGCCAUGGCAAUGCUGUCAGGAUGGAGCGACGAUAUUUGUGGUCUAGCGCAAGGUGCAGCGGCACAAGCUUUGGGCGCUCGUUUGCAUCCCAACCUAUCAACUGCAAUUGAUAUUGUGUUCGCUGUAGCUCAUCAGGGAGGACUGAAAUUUCUUCCAGGAGUACAACCAAAACUGUAGGAGGAAGAGGAUUAUAAAUCAGUCAGAGACGUGCGGGUAUUCAAACUCACGCUAAGUAGAAGCCAUGCAAUGAAAGAAGUGUAAUGAU